UUGUAGACACAACCCUCUGCUCAUGGUAAUAGAGCCGUGCACACAAGCGGCUGUCAGCACCGGAGGAAGGGACGUCGUGCACGGUGCCGGACAAUUGGUGGAGGAGCCGCCGGUGCCCGCUGUGAGGUGUGAAGCAGCUGGUGCACGGAGGGGCAGACGAGCCCUGUGGUAACCCCGGGAUUGCCCCACAGGGUCCCGUCUGUUCUGCGGGAAUGAAUUGAGGCGGCUUUGUUGUGUCAGAAUCGCUCCGUGUGCCCACGUCCAGCAAUGGAGGCUGCUAGAAGAGGAAGCACAUUGUGGUGACUGCCAUUGCUGCAGACACAUCCUCUGCUUCCCUGUGUCAUGGUGGUGCUUCCACAGCGGAUGCCGUAGUGUGUAUGAGCGCUGGGGACAGAAGACAUUGUACCAUUGAGAUCUGCACCAUGUUGGCCACAGCAAUCGGUAGGCAUCUCCUGGGCACUACCGCUGCCUGAUUUCCCUUCCAGCCCACAGUGCUAUGCCCAGUGCUGCAGCAGUAUACAGACUGGCAUAGCAGGGGCACAUAGUGGCUGCUGCUGAUCACAAGCUGGAUCUCCUCCCUUCCUUAAGACUAAAGGUUAUUUUACUUGCUGUCCUCUGUAAGAGCAUAUUCACACGAAGAAGAAGAUCUGUGCAGGACAGCUGGUCAUUGUCCCUUGCUGUAUGGUCCUAGUGCUGGGCAGACCCCCACAGGUGACCCCCGGAUUACCGCUAAACCCCCACAUUAUUGCUUUUACUUUCCGCUUCCCCCUGAAGCCUGGACCUGAUCUCCCCUGGGAGUCACAGUGUUACAUUUUAUAGAGAAUUUUAUUUUACAUAUUUAAUUUAUUUUUGUUUCACUUUCUGGAUAUUUAGAAGUUUGUGCUGCUGCGAGACAGCGUGCCCGCUAUAAACUGUUUGUGGUUACAAUUGGCGGAUCUGUGACUUCAUCUGUAUUCAAACAUGGCGGACCUAGAAGCAGUGCUGGCUGAUGUCAGCUAUCUGAUGGCUAUGGAGAAGAGCAAGUCCACCCCUGCGGCCAGGGCCAGUAAGAAGAUUGUUCUACCUGAGCCCAGCAUUCGAAGUGUGAUGCAGAAGUAUCUUGAAGAAAGAGGGGAGUUGACCUUUGACAAGAUAUUCAACCAGAAAAUAGGCUUCUUGCUUUUCAAAGACUUUUGCAUGAAUGAAAUUGAUGAAGGUGUCCCACAGCUCAAGUUUUAUGAAGAGAUAAAAGAGUAUGAGAAGCUGGAUUCGGAGGAGGACCGCCUUUGUAGAAGUCGACAGAUUUAUGACACAUAUAUAAUGAAAGAACUACUAUCUUGUUCACAUCCAUUCUCCAAACAAGCAGUAGACCACGUACAAGCUCAUCUUGCAAAGAAACAAGUGCCCCCUGCUUUAUUUCAGCCAUACAUAGAAGAAAUAUGUGACAGUCUUAGGGGAAAGAUAUUUCAGAAGUUUAUAGAAAGCGAUAGGUUUACUAGGUUUUGCCAAUGGAAAAAUGUGGAAUUAAACAUCCAUCUAACAAUGAAUGACUUUAGUGUCCAUCGAAUCAUUGGACGAGGAGGAUUCGGGGAAGUAUAUGGAUGUCGAAAAGCAGACACUGGUAAAAUGUAUGCAAUGAAAUGUCUAGAUAAGAAGAGGAUUAAGAUGAAGCAAGGAGAGACCUUAGCCUUAAAUGAAAGGAUUAUGCUGUCCCUGGUCAGCACAGGGGACUGUCCGUUCAUAGUGUGCAUGACUUACGCCUUCCAUACGCCUGACAAACUCUGCUUCAUUUUGGAUCUGAUGAAUGGUGGGGACUUGCACUACCACCUGUCACAACAUGGUGUUUUCUCUGAGAAGGAAAUGAGGUUUUAUGCUGCUGAAAUAAUUUUGGGCUUGGAACACAUGCACAAUCGCUUUGUUGUAUACAGAGACUUGAAGCCAGCAAAUAUUCUAUUAGAUGAACAUGGACAUGUGAGGAUAUCAGACUUGGGACUCGCUUGUGAUUUUUCCAAGAAGAAGCCACAUGCUAGUGUAGGAACACACGGGUACAUGGCGCCAGAAGUGCUGCAGAAGGGCACAGCAUAUGACAGCAGUGCAGACUGGUUUUCCCUAGGAUGUAUGCUCUUCAAACUUCUGAGAGGCCACAGCCCAUUCAGACAGCAUAAAACCAAAGAUAAACACGAGAUUGACAGGAUGACGCUCACAAUGAAUGUGGAGCUGCCAGACUCAUUCACUCCAGAGCUGAAGUCCCUCUUGGAAGGUCUUCUCCAAAGAGAUGUGAGCAAGAGACUUGGCUGCCAGGGAGGCAGUGCACUGGAAGUCAAGGAGCAUCUGUUCUUUAAGGGCAUUGACUGGCAACAGGUGUAUAUGCAAAAGUAUCCUCCUCCUCUGAUUCCUCCUCGAGGAGAGGUAAAUGCAGCUGAUGCUUUUGACAUUGGAUCAUUCGAUGAAGAAGACACAAAAGGAAUUAAGCUUCUUGAUAGUGAUCAGGAACUAUACAAGAACUUCCCCCUGGUUAUAUCUGAACGUUGGCAGCAAGAAGUUGCAGAAACGGUUUAUGAAGCUGUCAACGCAGAUACCGAUAAGAUUGAAGUCCGAAAAAGAGCCAAAAACAAGCAGCUGGGUCAUGAAGAAGAUUAUGCACUAGGAAAAGACUGCAUUAUGCAUGGCUAUAUGCUGAAGCUGGGGAACCCUUUCUUGACUCAGUGGCAGCGGCGUUACUUUUACCUCUUUCCAAACAGACUUGAAUGGAGGGGAGAAGGAGAAUCUCGGCAAAAUUUAUUGACAAUGGAACAGAUAGUGUCUGUGGAAGAAACCCAGAUUAAGGAUAAAAAAUGCAUCCUGUUAAGGAUUAAAGGGGCUAAGCAAUUUGUUCUGCAGUGUGAGAGUGAUCCAGAAUUUGUACAGUGGAAGAAAGAACUGACUGAAGCAUUCACCGAGGCACAGAGGCUGUUACGUCGAGCUCCAAAGUUUCUAAACAAGUCCCGGUCUGCCGUUGUAGAGAUCUCCAAACCUCCACUUAGUCACAGAAAUAGCAAUGGCCUUUAGGUGGCAGGACAGGACCAAGAAAUCUUAGGGAUAACUACUUUUAACACCUUGACCAAGGUCCACAACAUUGUUAUUAGUUACUUGUAUGGCCCUCAACAGCAAGGUGUACAUAGAAGAAGCUGAGGGAGCCUGCAUCACACAUUGUCUACUGAAGACUGGUCUUAACCGCCUGAAGUCUAGAAGAGGUCAUACAGCUUGAAGCAAAGAAGAGAUGAAUUUUCACUAACUGAAGAGUUGUAAAAGUUGCCAAAUUUAGUGAUUGCUCAUCAUUCUGUUGCAUCAGCUAAUCCUGAAUGGCCUGUGCUGAAGAAGCAGGGCAUCCCACCCUUGCUUUUUAUCUUGGCAUAUUAAUGCUUUCAUGUAUGCCAAGCAAGAAUAUGAAAUGGUUUUUGCAGUAGUUGCUUUUAUGUUAAUUCUGUCUGAAAUUGAACAUAUCCCUGGAUGUUUUUGGAAGGGAUUGUCGUGGCGCAAGAAUGUUUUCAAGAUGAUAGCUUUCCUGAGUGUUGCCAUAAUUGUCCCCCAAAUCCCCUUUGUCCUCCCAACUUGCACUGUUGACUGUAACUGGCAGUGUCAUGAAACGGUUAUGCACUUCAGAGUAAUGACUUAUCUGUCCUGUGGUUAUAAGAUGUAGAUAUUUUAUGGGAAUACAAACCAAGAAUAUUCACCCAGUUCUGUAGCUUCACCAAUAUAGUGGCUACCACUGUCUUGCCGUGUAUGGAGAUAGAAGUAUACUAGUAAUUAUUGGUGAAAAGGAGUGCAUGGUAGCUUUGUCCAGUGAUCUGUUAGCCAUUUAGCAAAUUUUAGCACAGUUAUCAAAAAGCUCAUUCUACAGAUACGUUUACAAUUGCUAUAAAGACAGCUUUCUUGCCAUUUCAGGUCAAUUGCACUUAUUAUUAUUAAUAUUAUUAUUAUUAUUAUUUUUAUUUUAAUGAAAUUUAUGCUAAAGUGAAUAGUUGGUGAGAACGUUGGAGAACCCUGGUACGCGUUAUGCUGUAAUCUUAAAUCAGUCCUUAUCAGAAAUUCCUGUCCUUGUCCUCAGUGUCCACUGUUGGGCUUCUCAUGCUGUCUUUCUUUUAGACAUCAUCCAAGCCACAGAGCUAUGAACAUUUAUAGUAAGACUGUGCACCUGGUUAAAUAUGGAAGGACAAGACAAUCAGUCUGAUCUUUUGUUGCUACCUACAACAUAUACCUGUGCUAGGUUGAAACAAGCACUCACUGGAAAAAGCAUCUCGGGCUGAUGGUGACUCUACGUCUCAGCUGUUGCUUUGGCUGCACCACACGUUUUAGUAUCCAACUUUUGAUUUUAGCAAUGAAGUGCAAAGUGCCAAUGGACUCAAAACUUCCUAGAUACACAUUCCCUAUAUUUAACAGAAACUUUUUAAUGUAUUUGUAAAUAUUAAUUUAAGAAUUUAGUUACAUGGGAAGACAGGCGGAGCAUUGAUAUUUCUGCACCUACAUCUGCAGCUGUGUUUUACAUACUCUCCAUUCUUUUGAAUGCCUUUUGUUCAUCAUAAGCAUUCUCCUUGGUUUAGGUAAAUGCAGUGGUACUCACCGUUCCAUGGGCAGAUUAAACCACUGGGGGAGUUGUUAUGAAUGUGAUCUAUUUUUAGUGUAACGAAAGUAAAAUGGUUAUUGGUUAAGUAUAACUGAACUACUGUGAAGUAUGAAUCCAUGUUUGUAUUACAAUGACAUGCAGUGUUUGGCAACAAUUGGUAGUUGUUACAUUUAAAGGGAACACUGAAACACAUUUCAUUUGUUGGUUACCCCUAACCCUGGUUUUCUUCCUUUGGUCACCAGUUGUAAACAAUUCUAAGAAAAAAAAUCCAAGGCAGCAAGAAAUGGUUACAAGAUAUCUGUUUGUUUGAAUGUGUCAGUGAACCAAUACACUUAGAAUAGGGAUACAUGGGACAUUCACUGUAGUUUAUUUCCCUAAGGAGGAAAAGAAAUGUGCUUCUUGGAAUCAGUCUGUCAAUAGACUUUUCAGAACAACAACCUUGUAUGUCAUUGUUUCCAUAGAACUAUCUAUUUUCUUAUUGUAGUAUAAUGUUAAAGAAUUUAUGGAAGCCAUAGGAUAGAGGUGCAAUGACUGUUACUGAACACUGAUGUGCAGAUCCUGUACCACGUAGCAAUAACAAGAGAAUCGGCACUGCAUUCAAGACAUGGACCCAUUUAGCUUGGCAGCAUCUUUUAGAAGCUUUGUUCACGUAAACCUGUAUUUGUCAAGUAGCCCUAUAGUGCUGGAUUUACUUUGCAGCUAAAGCCUUAUGGAUAUAUUUAGAGGAAGGGCUUAUUAAAGAGAAUGUUUCCUGUUCUUACGUGGCUACAAAAUCCCAUCUCUUAGGCAGUAUAACCCACUGUUUCUACAUGUCAUAAAGCAAAGACCUUCAGAGUUGAGGAUAUAGAUGUUUCUAUGGCUUGACAGAAUGGUUAGGCUGUUUUUGGCCAACCAAGAAAACUAUGUAUGCACUUUCUUUCUAUGAGAACCUUUAGGCAGAAUACGAUGUAACCAGUAGUCAUAUUACUGUUUUUUUUUUUUUUUUUCUUACAGUAUAAUGCUAGAGAUCUAUCUCCUGCAUUAAGUCUAAGCAUAUCCCAACACGUACUGGAUCUCUCAUUUACUAGCCCACAGUGAAUGUUACUUUAGUAUGCAUUAGGUGAUUUAUGACCCAUAUCAGACAAUGAUUUGUUUUACCCGUUCUUGUACCCUCCUGGAGUAGACUUAUUUUGUAACCAUUGCUUGCUUGUCAUACCAUAUGCCAUUUCUAUAGAAAACAUCAAGUGAUUGUUUUUGGCAAUAGUCUAAAUAUGACAUAAGACACUGAAACGGCACCAAGAGUUAAACGGUUCCUGCGUGAUUCUUCCUAUAAUUAUUCCCAAUGCAUCUACUGUAUCUGUUUCUUCUCUGUGGCCCUGAUAUACCUUUUAUUUUUUUAUUUUUUUUAAAGUGAUCUGUAUUUGUUUUGUAAGCUCCAGUAUGCCUUAUGAGAAAGUAUAGCUAAAUU